UUUACGGCAUUGAACAUGGCUGCCGAGUUUAGCGGUGUGUUGCAGUUGGCGGAUCUCGACGAUUUCAUCACGCCGUCUCAGGCAUGCGUUAAACCAGUUAAACUGGAGAAAAAACCAGGCAAAUCCCUUGCCAAAAUUCAGAUCGAAGAUGAUGGCAGUUAUUUCCAAGUCAGCCAGGAUGGUGGGAGACAAAAGCUGGAGAAAGCAAAGAUUACUUUGAAUGAUUGUCUGGCCUGCAGUGGCUGUAUCACUUCAGCCGAGAGCGUCUUAAUCACACAGCAGAGCCAUGAUGAAUUGUUUAGAGUGCUACACAACAACAAGCAGGUCAGUACUACAGAGCAGAAGGUUGUUGUGGUGUCAUUGUCCCCUCAAUCUAGAGCGUCUCUUGCGGCUCGCUUUGGCCUGAGCAGCAGUGAAGCAGGCAGAAGGCUUACUUCUUUCUUCAAAGGCCUUGGGGUUCACCAUGUGUUUGACACUGGCUUUAGCCGGACAUUCAGCCUGCUAGAGAGCCAGAGGGAAUUUAUAGAGCGUUUCCAGAGGAAGGAGUAUGACAAGAAGUCCCUGCCCAUGAUGACAUCUGCUUGUCCAGGUUGGAUUUGCUAUGCGGAGAAGACCCAUGGGGAUUUCAUUCUUCCAUAUAUCAGUUCUACUCGCUCUCCCCAGCAAAUGAUGGGUUCCCUUGUAAAAGGCUACUUUGCUGAACAGAAGGGGUUGACUCCUCAGCAGAUCUACCAUGUGGCUGUGAUGCCCUGCCCUGAUAAGAAAUUGGAGGCCUCAAGGCCAGACUUCUACUUGAAUGGAGAAGAAACAAAAGAGGUGGACUGUGUCAUCACCUCAGGGGAGGUUCUGAAGAUGUUGGAGGAAGAGAAAGUGUCUCUAUGUGAUGUGGAGCCUGCACCCUUUGAUCCAAUGUUCAGCAGUGUGCGUGGGGAUGACUUACUGAGCCAUGCAGGGAGUGGUUCAGGUGGCUACCUCCACCAUGUCUUCAUCAGCGCUGCCAAGCAGUUGUUUGGAGAGGAGUUGAAGGAACUCAAAUACAAGACUCUCAGGAACAAGGACUUCCAGGAGGUGACCCUGGAAAAAGAUGGAGUGGUUGUACUGUGCUUUGCUUCCACCUAUGGAUUCCGUAACAUUCAGAACCUUGUGCAGAAACUCAAGAGAGGCAAAUCGCCUUACCAGUUUGUAGAGGUCAUGGCCUGUCCAUCAGGCUGUUUGAAUGGAGGUGGCCAGUUGAAGCCCAUACCUAAUCAGAGCAGCAAGGAGCUGCUGCAGAAGGUCGAGGAGCUCUACAAAGCAGAGCAGUCUCUGACACCAGAGGAUGACGUAAGAGUGGCCGAGCUCUACCUAUCCUGGCUACACACUAUCGGGGAGGAGAGAGCCAGAAAGCUGCUGCACACACAGUACCAUGCUGUGGAGAAGCUCACCAAUGGCCUUGCUGUUAAGUGGUGAAAAA